GAUGAUUGAGGAAGGUGGGAACAGGCGGAAGACCAUGGCCGAGAAGAGGCAGCUCUUCAUAGAAAUGCGUGCUCAGAAUUUUGAUGUCAUACGACUAUCAACUUACAGAACAGCUUGCAAGUUACGAUUCGUACAGAAGCGAUGCAACCUUCAUCUCGUUGAUAUCUGGAACAUGAUUGAAGCUUUCCGAGACAAUGGCCUUAACACCCUGGACCAUACCACUGAGAUCAGUGUGUCCCGCCUCGAGACCGUCAUCUCCUCCAUCUACUAUCAGUUGAACAAGCGCCUUCCUUCUACUCACCAAAUCAGCGUGGAGCAGUCCAUCAGCCUCCUCCUCAACUUUAUGAUCGCCGCCUAUGACAGUGAGGGCCGAGGCAAGUUGACCGUAUUUUCAGUUAAAGCUAUGUUAGCAACCAUGUGUGGUGGAAAAAUGCUGGACAAAUUGAGAUACAUUUUCUCCCAGAUGUCAGAUUCCAAUGGCUUGAUGAUGUUUGGCAAGCUUGACCAGUUUCUGAAGGAAGCCCUGAAGCUCCCGACAGCUGUCUUUGAAGGACCAUCCUUUGGUUACACAGAGCAUGCAGUCCGCACCUGUUUUCCACAGCAGAAGAAGAUAAUGCUGAAUAUGUUUUUAGACACCAUGAUGGCCGAUCCUCCCCCGCAGUGCCUUGUCUGGCUACCUCUCAUGCACAGGCUUGCCCAUGUGGAGAACGUCUUCCAUCCCGUGGAGUGCUCCUACUGUCACUGCGAGAGCAUGAUGGGCUUCCGGUACCGAUGCCAGCAGUGCCACAAUUACCAGCUCUGCCAGAACUGCUUCUGGCGUGGCCAUGCCAACGGCACCCACAGCAACCAGCACCAGAUGAAGGAGCAUUCCUCUUGGAAAUCCCCUGCAAAGAAGCUGAGCCAUGCAAUUAGUAAAUCUUUGGGCUGUGUCCCCUCCAGAGAACCCCCACAUCCUGUUUUUCCUGAGCAACCAGAGAAACCACUUGACCUUGCACACAUAGUCCCUCCUCGCCCUCUGACUAAUAUGAAUGACACCGUGGUUAGCCACAUGUCCUCUGGAGUGCCCACUCCCACCAAGAGGUUACAGUGUAGCCAGGACAUGCCCCAUCCCUUGGCCGAUGAGCAUGCGCUGAUAGCCUCCUAUGUGGCCCGUCUGCAACACUGCACACGUGUCCUGGACAGUCCUAGCCGAUUGGAUGAGGAGCACCGGCUUAUAGCACGCUAUGCUGCCCGACUGGCUGCAGAGGCUGGAAACAUGACCCGACCUCCCACGGACGCCAGCUUCAACUUCGAUGCCAACAAACAACAGAGACAGCUCAUUUUAGAACUGGAAAACAAGAACAGGGAGAUCCUGCAGGAGAUCCAGCGCCUGCGGCUGGAACACGAGCAGGCUUCCCAGCCCACUCCCGAGAAGGCCCAGCAGAACCCCACGCUGCUGGCGGAGCUGCGCUUGCUGAGGCAAAGGAAAGAUGAGCUGGAGCAGAGGAUGUCAGCGCUGCAGGAGAGUAGGCGGGAGCUGAUGGUACAGCUGGAGGGCCUGAUGAAGCUGCUAAAGGAGGAAGAGCAAAAGCAGGCAGCUCAAGCCACAGGGUCACCUCACACAUCACCCACUCAUGGAGGCGGCCGCCCUAUGCCCAUGCCUGUGCGUUCCACGUCUGCCGGCUCCACCCCGACCCACGGCCCACAGGACUCACUGAGUGGAGUUGGGGGAGAUGUCCAGGAGGCCUUCGCACAAGGCACAGAGGCCGAGGAGGAGCACGCUGGCUGGCACCCACAAGACAAGGGAAGGUCUUCCCCCAGAGGCGCAUUCCUGUCCGUGCUGCUGCUGCUGCUGCUGCUGCACACCUGGACCGGGCUUGCAGGCUGCCAGACUCACUCAACCCCCGGGAGAGAGGAGCCAAGCCUAUGGGAAGUGGGAGGGACUGCCCGAGGCCCCAGCUGGUGGGCCUCCGUGCAUAGCCCUGCAUGUUCUAGCAUCUGCACUCCUCCCUCAGGGCAUGGUCUCAUCUCUGCGUCAGGAAUUUACCAGGAGGUGGAAAAGAAAAGAAAAAGCGCUGAGCCGGUGUGUGUGUGUUCCUGACCUAACGGGGUUCCUCCUGGCGUCUGGCCAGCACAGGGUACGGGCCCCCUGGUGUGGGCACACAAGUUUCUUUCCUACCUUUGACCUUUAAAAAACCAACAGGUCUUCUGUCUGUGCAAAGAAAGCUGCAGGCCUUGCUCGGUUCUACAGACAUUAACACCCUGGCCUCAGUGCUAAAAAUAGUCCCGUCUCCGCCCCCCCCCCCCCUUCCUCUCUGAACUUCCGCCUGCACAGUGCUGUGCUAUACUGUUGCUCCGCAGCCAGGAGGAAGGCAGAGGACUCUGUGGUCCAGUCACUGGGGGAGGCAGCAGCGUGCUAAGUGGCCGAGCUGGGGCUGGCAGCCAGGGGGCGCACUGCGUGGGUGCUGCUCAUGCGUCCUCUCCCCUGGGGUCCUGUGGCACAUGUGAUCACCAAGUCCAAUUCACAUUGAUAUUUUUUUUCUUCCUGCUCCCUGAGCUCCAGGAUGUUAUUUUUAGUAGAAGAGCUACUAUAAAUAUUUAUAAAGGGCAGUGACUGGAGGGAAGAGAGAGGGCCCACAGAUGGCAUUGCAGCAUCCGAUACCCACCUCUGCAGACCCCUCCCCUAAUUUUGAGGUGUGUGCAGAGGCCACACAUGGAUGGAGUCCCAGGAGAGUCUCCUCAAGGAGCAGUUGGGAGGACAAGGGUGGAUGCUGCUGCGUUCUUUCCCCGCCUGUCUCUCUCUCUCCCCGCCUCACUCCCGGUUCUAGCUGGAGUGAGUCAAGGCUGGAGUGGGAGAAGUGAUAGGGACCUUGCUGAGUCAAGGUCCUCAGUGUCCUAGGUACUGUGUAGGAAAGGCAUGGAUUACCGCCACUGUGAGAGCGAAAAGGAAAAUGGGAGUUGGGAGCUGGCUUCCGCUCAGCUGUCACAAAAACACUUGGCUCCCUGACACACGUGUGGUUGGUUAAUGGGCAGAGCGCAGGACCUUGAGGACCAGCAGGGGCUUGAGCAGCCAUAAUCACAGUGAAAGGCUGACCACACUCAGGGAAAGGGGAUUCGGGCUUACGGAAGGCCAGUGGGGCAAAGAUGAACACUCCCAUGUAGGAAGAUCCGGGAACACACUGCACACCCCAAUGAUGAAAUCGACUGUAAGGGUGUGACAGCCUCACAGACAACACUAUGUUGUCUAUACUUACCCAUCUUCACUUUUCACACUCUGUGCCCGGGAACAGGGCAGACUCCCACCUCCUGACUCCUCACACGAGCUUGCUGUUUCCCCCAAGAGACAGGAACAAAGCAAACUACCCAGGGCUGCAGGGCCAAACUGCUCUCUACCAGUCUGCUCCUUGGGAGGAGUGACGCUCACCUCACUGCAGGAAAUGCUGGCCACCUCGGCCAUGGAGAGGGUUGAGGGCCAAGAAAGGGUCUGGGUUCGUGCCUCUGAUGCCAGCAUUGGAGACAUGAUGUCUACCUUUGUUAUAUCAAUUCUUAAUUUCUUUGAGAGCUAGAAACCCAUAGCUAAGGCCCCUGAUGUCUUGGCGUCUGCUUUCAGACAAAGAUCUGUACCAUUGUCCUUGCCUCCCCAACCUGGAACACAGGAGGCCAUUCUGUGGUGGGAACUUCCUUGUUCAUUUUUCCAUAGCCACUUAAUUUAACUUAGGCAGAUGAUCUGUGAAAGACAGGCAAUGGCAGGUGCUCCAGUCUGGGGAGUCCAGUCACUCUACAGUACCCUGGCCUAGAUCGCUGCUGUAUGUGGUAUGGGAGAACCAGAUGCUCCCUGGACCAUCUUUUGUGUGUGUUGAGGGGAAGAUUGAGAUCCUAGCCGACCUGGAACUUGGGAUCUUCCUGCCUCUCCAUCUUGAAAGGUGAGAGGUGUGUGCCACCAACCUGGCCCUCCUGGGUCCUGAGGAAGCACCCACCCUUCUAGCUCCGGUGCGUGAUUACAGCUCUCCUGAACGUCUCUUCUCACCUACCAUUCUUCAUCUACUGGUAGACUCCUUUCCCCGCACUGCCUGCUCCCUGCUGCAGGUGCCCACCAGCUUUAGAGAGAUGCAGUUGCCAUGGCAAUGCCGAGUCAUCUGAAUCCCUGCUGCUGCUGUGUCUGGAAGCUGGAAGGGAAGGACUCCAAAGCCUGACCUCAGCCGAUGCCCGCUCUCCGGGGGGUCAGGUGUUUGCUUACAGCUGGAGUGUGGGAGGUGGGUGGCCUACCUGCCUCUGGAAGACCUCUGUAGUGGCCAACCACCCACACCCUCACAGGCUCUCAGAAAUGGGAAACUCCCAGCACAGGUCCUUGGGCAACCCUCUAUGCUAGUAGUUCUCAAACUGAGCAGCACCCAAGUCUACUAGAGACCUUGCUGAUGUCGUCAGGGUUUCUGAGCCAGUUGGCUCUGGGCUGGAGCAAGGGCUUUUCGGUUCUGUGGCGUCCCAGGUGAUGUUGGUGCUCUUAGCCUGGAGACUGUGCUGCCAGCACCACUCUGAGCUUUUUUUUUUUUUUUGGUUUUUCGAGACAGGGUUUCUCUGUGUAGCUUUGCGCCUUUCCUGGAUCUCGCGCUGUAGACCAGGCUGGCCUCGAACUCACAGAGAUCCGCCUGCCUCUGCCUCCCGAGUGCUGGGAUUAAAGGCAUGCGCCACCACCGCCCGGCUACUCUGAGCUUUUAUAAGGAGGAAAACAAUUGCCUCCAUGCAGGGAAAUACCUUUUAGCCAGGCAGAAAGGGGCCAGAGUCUGUUGUCUGUUCUAGAGGAGGAUGUGUUAGGGGGAACCUCAGAAAUCCCAAUUCUUGCCUGGAGACUGGAAGAGAGUAAUGUGUGCUGGAGCUGGUGACUCCUAUACUGCGUUUCUCCUUUUCUCUUUUUUUAGACUUAUUUUUAAUUACGUGUGUCUGUGUAUGGGUCUGUGUACAUACAUACAUGGGAAUGUCGGUGCCCACAGAGGCCAGAAGAGGGUGUUAGGUUCUUUAGAGAUGGAGUUGCAGGUGGUUGUGAGCUGCCCGGUGUGGGUAACGGAACCAAAUAUGGGUCCUUUGCAAGAGCGGUACAUAUUCUUAACUGCGGAGCCAUCUCUUCAGCCUGGUAGACUGAAUUUCUCUCUCAUUUUUUAAUGGUCAAUAAACAGAGGGCCUGGAGAAAUGG